AUGGGGCAAUUUCAGAAUCUUUGUGGUUCUCUUCUCUUUCUUGCUCUUCUGAUCAUCUCUUCUUCACAUUUGAUCAUUGCAACACCUUUAUAUUACACAAUGGCCAACUUAUUGACCUCCUGGACCAACAAUCCCACGCCUAUGAAUUCCUCAGAUGAUAUCACAUUUAGAACUGUUCUUCAUGCAGGAGCAGGAAGCUCUAACCCACAAUUUUUCUGUGGCUUCUAUUGCAACAAUAGUAUUGACAAUCCUGUCAAGAUUAAUGCAACAGUGAACCUCACAGAAGAUGGAGAUUUGGUGUUGAGAGAGGCAGAUGGAACCUUGGUUUGGUCGACAAACACUAGUGGUAAGAAUGUUUCAGGCUUAAGCUUGACAGAAAUGGGGAACCUUGUGCUUUUUGACAGAAACAAUGCAACGGUUUGGCAGUCAUUUGAUCAGCCCACAGACUGUUUAGUUCCUGGGCAGAAGCUGCUUUCGGGGCAGAAGCUGAUUGCUAGCGUAUCAACAUAUAAUCUGAGUAGAGGAUUUGUAGGUGGAGAGUUAAAUGAGACUUGCACACGUGUCUAUUACUAA